GAACAGGAAGUACCUGCGCGUUGCUGCUGACGUUGGUGCUAUACAAAGUGAUGAUGGCGUUCACAGAUCAGUCUCUCCUGGACUUAACAGAUAAGGAAACCCGGGAGAAACUGUCAUUAUGGGAUCGCCGCACCGACGCCAUGGCUCCCCUCACGGAGAAACAAACGGACUCUGUCCUGGAGAUACGAGCCGCAGCUGAAACGCUCUCUAUCCCGCCAGAGUUGCCCAUUGAGGACUUGUGCAGCCUUUCGUCGCGGUCCUUGCAGUCCCCCUUCACGGCGACCGUGCCUGCUUCAACAGAGGACGUCCUGCUCAAGGGUUUCCAGAUGCUUGAGAUGGAGAAUGACAGGAUAGAGACUGCACAACAGUUUUUUGCUUGGUUUGCCAAGUUACAGUCAAACAUGGACCAGGAUGAAAACGUAAAAUACAGGAAAACCAGAGAUGAUCUAAACUGCUACCAGGAACAAUGCGAUGCUAUUCUGAAAGAUGUCAGUGCUGCUCUGGAGCACUUGGACUCUCUUCAGAAGCAGUAUCUGUUUGUGUCCAAUAAGACUGGCACCUUGCAUGAGGCGUGUGAACAGCUCCUAAAAGAGCAGUCCGAGCUUGUUGACCUGGCAGAGAGCAUACAGCAGAAACUGUCAUAUUUUAAUGAGUUAGAAAACAUUAACACGAAACUGAACUCACCAACCUUGUCUGUAAAUAGCGAAGGCUUUAUACCAAUGCUUUCGAAAUUGGAUGACUGCAUUGAAUAUGUUUCUUCACAUCCCAAUUUCAAGGACUAUCCAGUUUAUUUGGCUAAGUUUAAACAAUGUCUAUCUAAAGCUAUGCACUUCAUGAAGAUCCACAUUGUAAACACUAUGCAGAAUCUCACAAGCCAGUUAACGAAAAGGGAUCCAAUGGGCUUGACUAAUGCAGACAAUGCCUUUACUCUUUACUAUGUUAAGUUUAGAGCAGUUGCACCUAAAGUUAGAUCACUGAUUGAACAGAUAGAACAGCGAGCAGAGAAGAUUCCUGAAUACCACCAGCUCUUAGAUGAAAUCCAUCAGUGCUACCACAACCAGAGAGAGCAGCUCCUCAGUCCCAGCAUUACAUCCACCAUUACAGACCUGACCAACCAAAACAGCAAAGACCACUGCGCUCUGGUUCGCAGUGGCUGUGCCUUUAUGGUUCACGUGUGCCAGGAUGAACACCAACUGUACAAUGAGUUCUUUUCUAAACCUACACCAAAACUAGACGAGCUGCUAGAGAAGUUAUGUGUGUCCCUUUACGAUGUCCUCCGGCCUCUAAUCAUCCACAUCAUACAUCUGGAAACCCUGUCAGAACUCUGCAGUAUCCUCAAGAAUGAGAUGCUGGAAGACCACGUUUAUAACAAUGCUGCUCAGUUGGGGGCGUUUGAUGCAGUAGUGAAGCAGAUGCUGGAGGAUGUCCAGGAGAGGCUGGUCUACAGGACUCACAUUUACAUUCAGACUGAUAUCACAGGCUACAACCCAGCUCCAGGGGAUCUGGCCUAUCCUGAGAAACUGGAGAUGAUGGAGAGAAUUGCUCAGAGCUUGAAGGAAGAGCAGAUGAAGCAGAUGUCACAAGAGUCCACGUUUUCUGAUGUUCAGCUCGAGGAUCCUGAUGGUAGAAGAAACAGUAAUGCUGGGAGUGUAGAAGCAUCAAGCCUACAGACAUCUAUCUCUCCUGCUGAUCUUCACGGCAUGUGGUACCCUACUGUCAGACGAACGCUGGUUUGUCUGUCCAAGCUCUACAGAUGCAUAGAUAGAGCAGUCUUCCAGGGUUUAUCUCAAGAAGCCUUAUCUGCCUGCAUCCAGUCCCUGCUUAGAGCUUCAGAUAUCAUCCUUAAAAACAAGACACAAAUAGAUGGGCAACUUUUCCUGAUCAAGCACCUGCUGAUAAUGCGUGAACAGAUUGCCCCAUUUCACACCGAUUUUGCCAUCAAGGAAAUCUCACUGGACCUGAGGAAAACGCGAGAUGCUGCCUUCAAAAUCCUGAACCCUAAGGCUGUUCCCAAAUUUUUCCGACUAAACAGCCACAAUGCCAUACUUGAAUUCCUGUUAGAGGGAACACCAGAGAUAAAGGAGCACUACAUUGAUUCUAAGAAGGAAGUGGACCGGCACCUGAAGUUCAGCUGUGAGCAGUUCAUCCAGCAGCAGACUCAGAUCUUUGUGGGGACACUUGAGGAGUUUCUCAACAAGGUUGCAGCUCUUAAAACUAUGGCUAUCCAAGGUGGUCCCACAUACAGUCUGUCUCAGCAACCUUGGGCACAGCCUGCUAAGAUCAACGAUAUAGUGAUGGCUACCUACCGGGUGAUGAAGAGCAAGCUGCCAAGCACUUUACAGAGCAUGUCCUUGUACUUAGCCAAUAGAGACACGGAAUUCAUCCUUUUCAAGCCUGUCCGGAAUAACAUCCAGCAAGUAUUCCAAAGACUGCACGCUUUGCUUCAGGAGGAAUACAGCGGAGAAGAUCUUCAAAUCAUAGCAUGUCCAUCUAUGGAGCAGAUUAACCUGCUACUGUCUGUGAAUAAGUAAUGUUCAAGUUUGGUGUGGCAAUGCUGGUGAACACCCUCUGGAUAGCAAUGGGAUGUUGCAGCUCCAGCCAUGACCAGGAGCUGUGAGGCUGGCUAGGCGAGAUGACCAGAGAACUGCACCUGAGCUGCUAGCUGGACUGGGAGUGCUGAACUAACAGCAAAAAACAAAACAAAAUCCUGCACUAGGCCAAAGAUUCUCUGACAGAGGCUCAAGUAAUUACAAGUAUGUCGAGGUUCAGGAAUUCAUUUUGCAGUCAUAACAAACUGGAAAGUGGAGGGUAUUAUUUUGGGUACUGAGUUGAUCAUUUUGGACUAAAAUUGAAGGUGGUGUUAUGUUUAGGGUUGUUUUCAUGUAGGAGAAAUCCAUUUUGACAAGGGUGGAUUUGUGAUCACAGUCGCAUCUCUCAACACCAAAUUGGUUCGAGUAAAAAUUAUUUUCACACUGCGAGGGUGCGGGGUGAAUUGCAUUUAGCGUAUUCAGACAAGGACACUUGGGGUGUGCAAAUGGAGGCACUAAAGGGUUGUUCAUCAGCCAGGUAGCUAAUGGCCAGUAAGGGGGCUUGCAUUCUGAUGCCUGGAUUCCCUCGAUGAUUUGGAAGAAUAACAAGAGAAAAAUGCUGCAAGAUAUUUUAUUCCUCUAUUUUAAAAUGUAGCAGCUUUUGUAAGAUUCAGUAGAACUCUCUGUUGGCCUGAUGUGCUACAGGACACUGUUCCAACAGGUUUUCCCCUCUGAUCAGAGCAAAACCACACUUUUGUUAUUCUAUUGCAAAUAUGUAAAAAACAAAACAAAAAAACCCCCAGAAUGAAAUCUUAUGUUUUAUACUUUUUUCUUUUUGUACAAGUUGAUUGAAAUUAAUAAUUUUACUCUGGUAAAAUAAUGGGCUGAUGACCUUGGCAGUUUUUCGCUGUAUAUUGAAUGAUUUAUGGGUAUGUUUCCUAGUGGUCCUCAGAGUAACAAAAGCAAGAGGACAAAAUCAGUGUAACAAUUGCUUUAGUGUGUCCCAUGUAAAUGCUGUGUACAGAUAUUUAUGAACAUUCUGAUUAAAAAAAGGUUAAUGACAA